AUGCCGGAGGAGGAUGCCGGGGGCUCUGGAGGAGGUGGAAGGCAGGGAGGGAAGCGAGUGGCUGGGAGCGGAGGGGAGCGCAGCUAUUCAUACUCCACGCCGGGCGAGUGGGAGGCCCCUGAGACCCGGAUGUGCGCGGCGGGAGGCGCCGAGCGGAGUCGGGAGCCCAACGGGGACUUGUGGUUGCGGCUGGCCGCCGCGUUCCACCGGCAGCCUCCGAAACUUGGGCAGAGGAUGGCCUCAGCCCUCCCGCUGCUGCUGCUCUGGGUGUUUGCCCCCACGGUGGUCCCAGAGGUGUUUGGCGCCGGAGAUGGCACAGAGGACCUCAAGGCUCUGCAGGUCUCCAUCCCACGCCACCCAGCCCUGGACGCCGUGCUGGCAGGCGACAUCACCAUCCCCUGCCUCAUCACCUACCUCGGCCCCCAGCCCACCGCCGGCACGGCCGGCCGCAGGGCGGUCCUGGGAACCCCCCGGGUCAAGUGGACCUUCAUCUCUGAGGGCAGAGAGGUGGAGAUCUUGGUAGCCCGAGGGGACAGGGUGAAGGUGAGCGAGGACUACCGCCUCCGCGCCUCCCUGCCCAUCUUCCACCAGCGCUACACCAACGCCUCCCUGCUGCUCACCGAGCUGCGGCCCAACGACUCGGGGAUCUACCGCUGCGACGUGCAGCACGGCAUCGAGGACGGCCAUGACAUCCUCGAUGUCAAAGUCAAAGGUACCUGGUGGUGGGGCGCGGCGGCACUCGGGGCAGGGGGGUGCAGAGGUCCACCCUACCCACGGUGCCUUCUCCGGGCUCAGCAAACCCCUCCUGCACCCGGGGGCAGAUGUACCCAUGUGGGUGGGGGUCUGCCCACCCCCGAGCAGCUGUACGCCGCGUACCUCGGCGGCUACGAGCAGUGCGACGCCGGCUGGAUCGCCGACCAGACCGUCAGGUACCCCAUCCACACGCCCCGUGAAGCCUGUUACGGUGACAUGAACGGCUUCCCCGGGGUGAGGAACUACGGAGUGGUGGACCCGGAGGACAUGUACGAUGUGUACUGCUACGCCGAGGACCUCCCAGGCUACCCCAUCGUCACCCCCCGGGAACGCUGCGGCGGGGCUCUGCCGGGCGUCAAAACCAUCUUCCUCUUCCGCAACCAGACGGGAUUCCCCGAUGCCCUGAGCAGAUACGAUGCGUAUUGCUUCCGAGGUGGCUGUGUCCCCAACCCCUGCCUGAACGGAGGGACCUGCACGGAGGACGGCACCCGUCUCACCUGCCUGUGCCUGCCCGGCUACGGAGGCAGCAACUGCGAAAGACCGCUGGAGAAGUGCAGCACCGGCUGGGACAGCUUCCAGGGAGCCUGCUACAAGCAUUUCUCCACGCGGAGGAGCUGGGAGGACGCGGAGACGCAGUGCAGGCAUUACGGGGGACACCUGGCCACCAUCCUGACCCCCGAAGAGCAGGACUUCAUCAACGGUCUGGCUCAGCCCCCCGACGACUGA